ACGGGUUCGCCAAAGCUGAAAGGGCAAAGGCCGGCUGGUCGAGGGAGGGGCAGGGCUUGUGCUCUGGGGUCGGGGUUCUCACUUCUCAAGGAGAAAGAACCGGUUUAGGAAGCAGCUGGCCCGUGCUGUAUCGACAUGGAGAUCGGUCACCAGUGAAGACAUAUCCCAAGGACCCCUAUCAGGAAGAGAAAUGGCCCCAGGGGUUUGGUCAGCUAACCAAGGAGGGGAUGCAGCAGCACUGGGAGCUAGGCCAGGCUCUGAGGCAGCGCUACCAAGGCUUUCUGAACACCUCUUACCACCGCCAAGAGGUUUAUGUCCGAAGCACUGACUUUGACCGAUCUCUCAUGAGUGCUCAGGCCAACCUGGCUGGACUCUUCCCUCCCAGUGAAGUGCAGCGCUUCAACCCUAACAUUUCAUGGCAGCCUAUCCCUGUUCACACUGUGCCCAUCACUGAAGACAGGUUGCUGAAGUUUCCGUUGGGCCCGUGUCCCCGUUAUGAACAGCUGCAGAAUGAGACUCGGCAGACACCAGAGUAUCAGAACAGGAGUAUUCAGAAUGCACAAUUUCUGGACAUGGUGGCCAAUGAGACAGGGCUUACGAACCUGACCCUAGAGACCAUCUGGAAUGUUUAUGACACACUCUUUUGUGAGCAGACACAUGGGCUGCUCCUGCCACCCUGGGCCUCACCCCAAACGGUGCACCGUCUGAGCCAGCUAAAGGAUUUCAGCUUCCUCUUCCUCUUCGGGAUCCACGAGCAAGUACAGAAGGCCCGACUUCAGGGGGGAGUUCUGCUGGCUCAGAUACUGAAGAACCUGACACUGAUGGCAACUACCUCCCAAUUCCCUAAGCUUCUGGUUUACUCUGCGCAUGAUACCACCCUGGUUGCUCUGCAAAUGGCCCUGAAUGUCUACAACGGGAAACAAGCCCCCUAUGCUUCCUGCCACAUAUUUGAACUGUAUCAGGAAGACAAUGGGAAUUUCUCCGUGGAGAUGUACUUUCGGAAUGACAGUAAGAAGGCACCCUGGCCUCUGAUCCUGCCUGGCUGCCCUCACCGCUGCCCACUACAGGACUUCCUCCGCCUCACAGAGCCUGUCAUACCCAAGGACUGGCAGAAGGAGUGCCAGCUAACAAGUGAUACUGCAGACACAGAGGCAAAAACUGUGAAUCAGUGGGAGCAUAAAAUGUGGCCAUCAAGGAACUGGGUCGUCCAACAGCAAAGCUUCCCUGUGGCUGAGGCUACUGUUAGCGUCAACCCUUGGCCUGAGCAGGUGUCUCAGGAGGUCUGAAGGAUACUUGUUCUAUACCUGGAGAAGUGGAGGGCACAGGCAGCAGAGAAACACAUCGUGAAGUGACCCUCCCUGAAGUGAGUGCAGGGGUGACUGGACUGUUGACUGUGGCCCCCCGAGGGCUGAAGUGUCUCGGAGAAAUGAAGUUUGACUGUGA